CGCAUACUGAUGCAACGGGCUACUACUGGUGUAGGGUAUCUCGUGAGACAGUUUGGUACUACUGCUACUACUAUCAAGAGUAAUAAUCUGAGGGGUUGUUGUUUUAGAUCACUACUACUAGUGUCUUUGGAUUCUGGUAUUAGUACUGGUACUAUUACUAGAUUUGCUGGGGUGGCGUUGCAUCGUCAGCGUGCUUCUUAUUCUUCUUGUUCUAUAUUAGGCAAAAGAAGCUUUUCUACUACUACUUCGCUUCAUUAUAGUCAGGGAUACCUGGCUAAGAGUGCAGUCAAGAUGGGUGAUUCUGAGGCUGUUCCUGCUGCUGCCACUACUACUAGUAAACCUAUCAGAUAUGUUGAUAUUGGAAUCAACCUGAGUGAUCCCGUAUUCUCGGGUAGUUACCAUGGCAAACAGGUUCACGACAGUGACCUGGACGACAUUGUACAACGUGCAAAGGACAUCGGGUGCCAGAAAUUCAUGGUGACUGGCUCCGACCUGGAGGAGUCUCGGCGCGCACUUCAACUUGCACAUGACUACCCUGGAUUCUGCUAUGCAACUGUUGGUGUUCACCCUUGCCAGGCAAAGAUGUUCGAUGAGUACCCCGGUGGACCUUCCAAAAUGCUCGAGGAGCUCCGGACUCUCGCAUUGCAGUCGAAGGAGAAUGGACAGGCUGUCGCCUUCGGUGAAAUUGGCCUGGAUUAUGAUCGCUUGUUUUUGAGUGCGAAAGAACCUCAGCUGAAGUACUUUGAAGCCCAGUUGGAUCUUGCUGUGGAAAUUCAACUCCCUCUUUUCCUUCAUUCUCGCGCUGCUAGUGAGGAUUUCGAGAAAUUGUUGGGGCCGCGACUGGCCAAGCUCCCGAAGAGAGGACUUGUGCAUAGUUUUACAGGGACUCUGGAAGAGAUGGAGCGCAUGGUGGCCCUUGGGCUUGAUAUCGGCGUGAACGGUUGCAGUCUGAAGACAGAGGAGAAUCUCGAGGUGGUGAAGGCUAUUCCGCUAGAGAGACUCCAGAUUGAAACAGAUGGCCCUUGGUGCGAAAUUCGUCCUUCCCAUGCCUCGUCUAAAUACCUCAAGGGCGCGCCGGAAUUGCCAAAGGCUGUUAAGAAGGAAAAGUGGCAGAAGGGUCUCAUGGUCAAGGGUCGCAAUGAGCCUGCCGCGAUAGCCCAUGUCGCCUACGUCAUCGCCCAGAUCAAGGGGAUAACUGUGGAAGAGGUCUGCGAAGCUGCUUGGAAUAACUCGAUCAAAAUGUUUGGGCUUGGGGAAGAUGCAUGAUUAUGAUGCUGCAUCUAGAAUAUAUUAUUAGGCCCUCUGUUACAAAGCUUUCACUAACCUCGCAUAGCCCCUCCAUGAAUUCCGGCUACCCGCUGAAGAAAAAUUCACUUGUCUUUUGAUUAAUUAUUAUAGAUAGAUAAUGAUGAUGGAAAAAAUAAC